AACGAGCUUGAUGUUUCGCGCGUACUUAAGUUGUGUUAUCAUUGAUGGUUAAAUGAAAGGUAGUAUCAACUUUUGGUUCCUGAAAACAAUCCCUAUAUAAUGACAUCGAUGACGCAUGUGCCAAAUGUCAAAUAUCAUUCAACGUCAACCAGAAGUCAGAAUUGUAGUGAAAGUGGUAGAAAUAACACUAUAUUUGUAUUUCAAUAUUUGAAUUUUAUGAAAAAAUGGAUUAUCAACCUACCAAAGAAGAUAUAGAAGCAGUAUUCAAUAGAUUGCGAUCAAUUCCUGCCAAUAAGGCUUGUUUUGACUGUAAUGCCAAAAAUCCAACAUGGGCCAGUGUCACGUAUGGUGUUUUUAUCUGUAUAGAUUGUUCAGCUGUUCACAGGGGGCUGGGAGUACACUUAACGUUCGUUAGAUCUACACAAUUGGAUACUAAUUGGACUUUGUUACAACUAAGACAAAUGCAGUUGGGUGGUAAUAGUAAUGGUUUACAGUUUUUCAGUCAACACAAUUGUAAUACAAAUGAUGCUCAGAAGAAAUAUAAUUCUCGAGCUGCCCAACUUUAUAGAGAAAAACUCAGCCAAGCUGCAGCAAAUUCAUUGAAGACUACUACCCAACUGCAUGUUCAUCCACAACCUCAACAAAAAUCAGAAGAAAAGGAAGCAGACUUUUUCUCACAACAUGAAAAUUUCAAACAUCAAGAAAGUUCACUUCAAUCACAAUCGAUAGUUGAUCAGUCACAAGUUGAAUAUAUUAAACCAGCAGCACAAUUGAACACAGGAGAAGGACCAAGUGUUGACUUUUUAAUGGCAAGUAAUACACCAGUCGAACCAAGAAAAUCUGCAAUCACUGCCAGAAAACCUGCUGCCAAAAAGUCUUCAUUAGGCGCAAAGAAAACUGGCUUAGGUGCAACAAAAGUGAAAACAAAUUUUGCUGAAUUAGAAAGAGAAGCUGAAUUGGCUGAAGAACAACGAGCCAAAGCAGCAGAAGAAGCUUUCAAAAUUGCUGCUCUUACGGCAAAAGAACAAGAAGAAAAAGAAGCAACUAUGAGAUUAGUAUACAAGGAUAUUGGUGUUCAGCAGCAAAAGAAGGAAGAACAGUUAAGACGCGAGGACCCUAAGAAAGCUGAACAGCUGGAGAGACUUGGAAUGGGUAUUGGAGCAAGAACUGGUGUGAGUCAUUCAGCAAUCAAUGACAUGCAAACCAUAGAACAAGAAAAUAUACAAUCCACUAGCAGUACAUUAACUUCUUUAGGCAAAUUAAGAUUAGUUGAUAAUGAUAAUUUCAUGGAAGAUUAUUUAUAUGGAAAUGGAUUAAAUAUGAAUAGGAAUUCGAAUAGUUAUGGAAUCUUAGUUUCAUCUCAGUUCGAUUUGGAUGAAAGGACAAAGAGUAAAAACAAUAAGGAUAGUUGGGUUAUAAUUGACGAUCCACCAGAGAAGCCUAAACCAAGUUCUUAUGAGAAUGAUAGGGAUCGUGACCGCAUUCUUGACAAACCCACUAGUCACAUAGCUACAUCUAGUAGUAGUAGUGACGAAGCUCAAAAGAAAUUUGGUAAUGCCAAAGCAAUAUCGUCCGACCAAUUUUUUAAUGACAAUUCCUCAGAAUAUGAAGCAAAGGCGAAUCUAAGCAGAUUUCAAGGUUCCUCCAGUAUAUCUUCUGCGGAGUUUUUUGGAAAUGGAAAAGAUAAUACUCACCCUAGUAGUCAUGUUCAGAUGUAUGAUAUAGAUGAUGUUAAAGAAAGUGUCCGACAAGGUGUAACAAAAGUCGCUGGAAAAUUAGGAUCUAUGGCGAAUGAUUUGAUGUCUUCAUUGCAGGAACGUUAUGGUUACUAGCAUUUCAGUAUAGAUGAAGAACUGGAGAGAUUGGCACAUUUGCAUACUUCGUAAAUUUGUUCAAAAAUCGUUUUUUGAUAAAUUUAUUAAGAUUAAAUGUGCCUUAAUGAUACAUAUAAUUUAUAUAUAGUAGUGAAAAAAAAUUCUAAAAAAUAUUGGAACACAAUUGUCGGUUUUGAUAUAAUCAUUGGAAGUUUAUAUAUCAAAAACAAUACUUACCUUCCUUUAAAACACUUUAUAUCAAAAGUAUCCACUAAAUUUCUUCAUUCAGCCCCUAUUAUUUUUAUUUAGAGAUCUAUUUUCUUUCAAACAAAUAAGCUUCUCGUACGAUAUCUUUGAAAUUUUAGUAUUUCUUUGCACUUCAAAUCUUAAAAAUAAUAUUUAUUGCAUACAUAACAACAUUCUAUUAUACAUAAAGAAAGUAUUUAAUGAUAGGAUUUAAUUCACCUAAUUUUACAACGAAGCCAUUGAAUAACGCUCAAUAAUUGGAAAACACAUUUAUAAGAUAAACAUUUAUAGUUAUAAAUUGUUACCAUAAACAAAUUGUGCACAUAUUACUAAUUACUAAUUAUUGCAAUUUAGUAUUAUCACAUAUAACAUUUAAAGAUAUUUUUAAUCGGUCUUCACUGUUAUUGUCAAAUUUUUACUUAAUCAUAUUGUUGAUAGGGUGUUCUACAAUGAGCUAAGGCGAGAUGUUUAUCAAAAAUGAUAGUCCACAACCUCUGGUUAUACUGGGAGCAGAACUUUUUUUUGUGUAUACUUUUUUAUUUUUAGUUGCAAUUUGGAAAUCUAUGAUGAAUUUUAAUAUCUUAAUAAAAACAUCUCUAUAAGGUUCCAUUUUCAUUCAUUUUUUAUAAAAUUUGACAGAUCAAAAAAAUGUUAAAAACGACAGUCAGAUCAAAAGUUUUAGAAUUUACAUGAAUAUCACCUAAAUUUCCUAAAUCUUUUCUAAAAAAAAUAAAACUGAGUGUUUAGAAAUUGUAGAAUUAUGUCAGAGAAUUCUGCACUAAUAAAUAGGGGAAUUUAUGUUUGCCAUCCAGUGUCUAAAGUAUAAAACGGAUUAUUAGAAACUUAUUAGGUACCUGAAUUAUCUUUUUUAGAAUAAUCGACAAGAAUCAAAUACAGAAUGUCAACAAAUAAUAUUUAUGGAAAAUUUGAAAUGGUGAUUGAAGGACGACGCGAAAUCUCUGUGAUAUUUGUAUAGACCUAAGCACACUCGUGACAUCAUAACGUAGAUCAUUCACAAACGUAAAAGUAAUGAACAGUUUGUUAAAAAGCAAUAUGAAAAUAUUUUCAAGUCGACUUAGCUCAUUACGGUAGACCCUGUAAAUCAUGCACAUUUGAUGACAAAAAAUACAUAAAAUUUCGAGUCUUAUCAAAUUCAUAACCCCUCAGUUUACAUGUCAAAUAUUAGAAAAAACGUUUAUGCCCACUUGCACUGUAAUCUCUAAUCCACUGUUUAAUUAAUUAGUUCAGACAGCGGCUUAAAUCAUAAUCGUUUCCACCGUAAUUUAUGCGACUCAAGUUAUGUCACCGAUUUGGGGAAAUUUUCUUAAAAAUUAAAUGAAUUGGCACAAAUACCUAUCUUCAAAUCAUACAUUUUGAGGUUAUACAAGCAGUUUUUUUCUAUUUUAAAAGUUUUUUGUGAAAUUCACUUAAUACAAUUAAUGCACAACGCAUAAGAUCAUCAAAGCAUCAUAUAUUAAAAUAUAAUAAGAAAGUUAAUCUACGGUUACUGGAAGAAGUGACAUUGAUAUGAAUCUAUCCUCAAUUUUCUCCAAAACGUUAAUAACUGUUGGCUUUUAAGGUCUCAACCUUAUAAAAAAGGUCCGCUUUAUUCUAUAUUCUCCUGGGAAUUCCCACAUUUACAAUAUUUAGAUAAUCAAGAUCAUCUUCAUAUAUGUCUUCUACAGCUUUUACUGCUGCUAUUUUUUGAAUUCUUUUAACACAGAAAACCAAAAGAAUAUAUUUUUACUUAUAAGAGCAGAGACAAUAAUAUUUUGUAAUACCUAUAGUGAUAAUUAAUGUUUCUGCUGUGAAUUACCUGAAUUAUAGGUUAGAAACUGUUAAACUAAAGAUGAAAUCAGUUUAAGCCCCGGGUAUCGGGGGUUUAAUUUAAUGAUAGAAUAAAGACUUUAAACUUGGCUUAAUACACGGUGCAAUUAGAAAAACAAAAUUAAGCCAGUGUUAACAUUUAAACCAUUUUUAACUUUACAGUGCAAGUAGCCAUUAGUCUUUUAUUACUACUUGAAAUUUCUACCAUAGUUAAAUUGAAACUGAAUUGCUGUUCCAAAAAAAAUGCCGUUAGGAUUAUUGUUGUAAAUAGUAAACAUAGAUUCUUAUUAUUUUCUUUACAGUUGGUAUACUACAAAAAAAUUAUCUUUACAUGUCAGGUUUUUUAUUUAAGUUUAUAUGUUGUAUAAUAUGAUUUUAGUUGCUGAAUAAAUGCGUUUAUUAAUA